UAAUUUUGAGCAAUUAAUUCAAAGCUAUCGCGAACCCAAGCAGCAACAGGGGAUCUUUGCCAUCCACGGUUCCUGCGAAUUCCAAAAGGACAAAAACAUAAAAGAAAAAUCCACAAAAGUUGGUAGCUUCCUUCCUUCUUCAAACGCAACGAAGUUUCUUUCCACUUUCAAAAUUCCCACCCGCCCCUUUGUUCUCUCCGUACAACAUCAUCACCCCUGAUUCUGGGUCAUUUAAAUCCCCGAAUUUCAUCAUUCGUUAUUUUCAUCGUUUUUUUGCCUCUUAUUUCAUCCAAUUCUCGCUUUUUCAACGAUCACAGUGUUGACCCUUGAUGGGUUUUUCUCGUCGAUCAUAAGCAUACCCGGGUUUGUGAAAAAGGUUUCUCCUUUCCACGUGUGGCUUCACUUGUCAUCGAUCCUGAGCUCCAUAUAGCUUGCAACGCUGUGGAACUGUGUACUUUGUUGCUCCUUUUCUCUGUUUCCCCGUGUGUCAAUUCAGCUUAGGCCAUAACUGGAUCACAUGAAAAUGAAGCCUUCUUCUUCCAAUGAAGAAAACCAUGACGUGGAAAAUGCCAAGUUGGACAAAGUCAAAGUUAGAACUCCAAGGAAUGGAAGGGUAGUUAAAUUGCACAAUCAGGCCUUGUUGUCUGGACUUGCAUAUUGCUUUUCCUCAUGUGGCAUGAUAUUGGUCAACAAGUUUGUACUUUCUAGCUAUGAUUUUAAUGCUGGGAUAUCCUUGAUGUUGUACCAGAAUUUAAUUUCAGUUGGUAUUGUUUACGUGUUGAGCCUUCUGGGUUUAGUUUCAACUGAGCCGCUGACAUGGAGAUUGAUCAAGGUCUGGUUGCCUGUGAAUGUUAUAUUUGUUGGAAUGCUCGUUACAAGCAUGUUUAGUUUGAAAUACAUUAAUGUAGCCAUGGUGACUGUCCUGAAGAAUGUUACUAAUGUCAUAACCGCCCUUGGUGAAAUGUAUUUGUUCAAGAAGCACCAUGAUGGCAAAGUCUGGGCAGCUUUGUUUCUAAUGAUCAUUUCAGCAAUAACUGGAGGGAUUACUGAUCUCUCUUUUAAUGCAGUUGGCUAUGCUUGGCAGACAGUAAACUGUUUCUUAACUGCAUCAUAUUCGUUGACGCUUCGAAGGGUCAUGGAUACAGCAAAGCUAGUUACAAAAUCUGGAAAUUUAAAUGAGUUUUCGAUGGUCUUGUUGAACAACACCCUUUCUUUGCCUUUGGGAAUUUUCAUGAUAAUUGUUUUCAAUGAAGUGGAUUAUCUCUUAACAACGCCACUUCUGAGAUUGCCUAGCUUUUGGCUGGUGAUGACCUUCAGUGGAUUUUUGGGUCUAGCAAUCAGUUUCACAUCCAUGUGGUUUCUUCAUCAGACAGGAGCUACAACUUACAGUCUUGUAGGUUCACUGAACAAGAUACCACUUUCUAUUGCUGGCAUCCUUCUCUUCAAAGUUCCUACUAGUUUGGAGAACUCCGCUAGCAUUUUGUUUGGUCUAUUGGCAGGAGUGUUUUUUGCUAGAGCGAAAAUCCUGGAGAGAUCUCAAUCCUGAAGAGCAGUAAAUGCCUAUGUGAUAAUUAAAGUUUACACUAGAAGGAAUUCUUCCCAUCUAUAGAAUUUGAUUUCUGGGUUCAGUUGGACAUUCAGUCCAAGUCUGUGAGGUGUUGUCAAGAGAUGGCAUCAGCUUAACUCUCCCAUUCUUUAUAUAUCCAACUUGGUGAUGGUUCAUGAUUCCUUCUCCAAGGGACAGUUUUUGGUCCAUGUUCAUUUGGAUAUUCUGUGGAAAGGGCUGUUUGGAUUAUUGCAUUGUCUCUCACUGGGAGGAAAAAUUGUCACUAAUUUUGUAUCAUGUGACUUCAUUAUUCCCAUGUAUCAUCACAUUGUGAUUUGUUUUAUAUGAAAAUUCUCAAUGAAAUGAAAAACAAAAAAGAAAAAGUUGAUCUUGAA